CCAAUUCUUCCAUGUACGUACGUUGCCAUGGAUGGCCACGACUUCCAUCAGUUUUCUGGCUCCUGACCUUUUAUUAUGUUUGAUGUUUCCCACCCACUGAUCUAAUCCAAACAAAGCGUACGUCCUACAGAUUUCUAACAAGCCCUGCUGGAAAUUUUCUAGCUCUCUCUCUGGGGGGAGAUUGAGGAUUACCCAAAGGGAACCAUGGCUGGAACAUUUAGGAAGUGCCUGAUGCUAUGCUGUACAAGCAAGGUUUCGCAGAAAGAAGACAUGGCGACGGAGUCAUACGAGGAGGCCAUUGCAAAACUCACGAACCUUCUCAGUGACAAAGCUGACCUCGAGGGCAUCGCCGCCGCAAAGAUCAAACAGAUAACGGCCGAGUUGGAGGCGACCGAUUCGAUGCCGUCAGAUCCGGUCGAGAGGAUCAAAAGCGGGUUCCUCCACUUCAAGAAACAGAAUUUCGAACAGAAUCCUGUACUGUACGGUGAACUUGCCAAAACACAGAAGCCCAAGUUUAUGGUAUUUGCAUGCUCAGACUCCCGUGUUUGCCCCUCCCAUAUCCUGAAUUUCCAACCGGGGGAAGCCUUUAUGGUACGAAACAUUGCCAAUAUGGUCCCGCCAUACGACAAGAACAAAUACUCAGGCGCGGGAGCGGCCAUUGAAUAUGCAGUUUUGCAUCUGAAGGUGGAAAAUAUUUUGGUAAUUGGACACAGCUGUUGUGGUGGUAUAAAGGGACUCAUGAAUAUCCCGGACGAUGGGACCACGGCCAGUGAAUUCAUUGAGCAAUGGGUCCAAAUCUGCUCGCCUGCAAAGGCCAAGAUCAAGACAGAUCACAGUGAGUUGAGCUUCACGGAGCAGUGCACCAACUGCGAGAAGGAGGCUGUGAAUGUGUCACUGGGAAACUUACUGACGUAUCCGUUUGUGAAAGAUGCUGUGGGGAAGAAAACAUUAGCUCUCAAGGGUGCACAUUACGAUUUUGUCAAUGGAACGUUUAAGCUCUGGGAUCUUGAGUCCAAAAUUUCACUCUUUUUGUCGGAAUGAGCAUCUGCCAUUGUCGUCCUGGUCUCGUAAAGCUUUUUUUGUUUUCCGACCGUGCGUACUGUGUAUAUGUUGUCAUAAAUAACGUUUGGACACAUAUUGCAGUAGUCCAUGAAAUAACACUUGGAAAUAAAUUAUAUAAUAUUAUGGUA